UCUGAGUAAAGACCCAGAUUAUUCAGGCAGAGUUGAGUGUUUAACUGAUGAACAGAAACACUUCUCCCUCAAACUGAGUGAUGUAAUGAAGAAGGAUGAACAUCAGUUCUGCUUCAGAAUCAUAACAAAGAUAGAAAAAGAAAAAUGGGCAGCUAUACCUGGAGUUCAGCUCAGAGUUACAGAGCUCCACAUGGAAACUCCUGAAGAAGUGACAGAGGGAGAAACAGCAGAUCUGUCAUGUAAAACCACCUGCAGUCUGAUUGACCCAACAUUCGUCUGGUACAAAAAUGGACGUCCUUUAACCACAAAGACCAUCAAGAACAACCAGCUCCACCUGCAGACAGUCAGCAGUGAGGAUGCAGGCAGUUAUAGCUGUGCUGUAAGAGGAUAUCAACAUAACUCUACGGCUCACAACCUCAGAGUCAGAUAUCCUCCAAAGAAUGUCUCGGUGUCCAUCAGUGCCUCUCGUGAAAUAGUGGAGGGCAGUUCAGUGACUCUGACCUGCAACAGUGAUGCAAACCCACCUGUGAAGAUCUACACCUGGUUUAAGGGAUCAACAUCAGUAGGAAAAGAAAAAACCUACAGCAUUCCCAACAUCAGAUCUGAGGACAGUGGAGAAUACACAUGCCAGAGUCGGAAUGAUCAUGGAGAGAGAAGAUCCACUGCUGUGCAGAUUAAUGUUACAUAUCCUCCAAAGAGUGUCUCAGUGUCCAUCAGUCCCUCUGGAGACAUACUGGAGGGCAGUUCUGUGACUCUCAACUGUAGCAGUGAUGCAAACCCACCUGUGAAGAUCUACACAUGGUUUAAAAAAGGUGGAACCUCACCUGUAGGAUCUGGACAGAAUUACAGCAUCAUCAGCAUCACUGCUGACCACACUGGACUGUACUACUGUGUAGCUCAGAAUGAACAUGGAGCUCUGAAUGGAUCUGUGAUGGUCACUGUUAAGAGUCAGAGUUUGUCUGCAGUCUGGAUUGCAGUGGGAGGAGGAAGUUUUAUCCUUAUUACUGCCUUAAUCUGCAUCUACAGAAUGAAGAAAAGAGCAGCUGGAACUGAUCACAGUGAGCCAAAACAGGAUGACAUCCUCUACACCACUGUUACACGCAGCACAUCCAGACCUGUACAGGCUGCUGACUCUGCUGACUCUGGAGCUGAUGAUGUUCUAUAUGCUACAGUCGGGGUUCAGAAUGAUGAAGUGACCAGCACUGACCAGCAGGGGGAGCCCCAAUAUGCCAGUGUUACAUUCCACCACCACACUGCUGCCACUGGGUCACCAACUCAGAAUGAGGAAGAUCCCUCAGUGAUUUACAGCACAAUAAGAAAAGAUUAGAUCUGCUGAGAACUGCUAUACAGAGAGAGAGCGAGAGAGAAAGAGAGAGAGAGAGUAUUAGUAUGAAUGGACUCUUGAAGUGUUGAACUGUUCUUUGUUUAUGUCUAUAGUAAAGCUUUACAGUUUAUUAUUUUUUAUUUUUUCACUUUUAGUAAAUGUCAUAUUUUCAUUUGGAUUACAUGUAUUUGAAACAAAUCUUUCUCUCCAAUUAUCUUUAUUAUUUUUAUAACUUCAUUUUUAU